AUGUUGAAGAUCUGGUCUAUGAAAAAGGAGCAGCAAAAGGCUGACAACGCCGAUGCGCUGAGCGGCAAGAAGAGGAAGGUCAAGGCUGCUGAGCUGCGAGUUCACAAGGAUCUGGCCGAGUUGUCGUUACCCAAGACCAUGAAACUCGAGUAUGCCGACCCCGACGACAUUCUGAACUUCAAGGUCAUCAUCACACCUGACGUCGGCUACUAUGUUGGCGGCCAGUUCUCCUUUGACGUUGCCGUUCCCCAGUCCUACCCUCACGAGCCGCCCAAAGUCCGUUGCGAACCGACCAUCUACCACCCCAACAUUGACCUGGAAGGCAAGGUGUGCCUGAACAUCCUGCGAGAAGAAUGGAAGCCUGUCCUCAACCUCAACGCCGUCUUCAUUGGCCUCCAGUUCCUCUUCGACCAUCCCAACGAGCUGGACCCUCUCAACAAGGAUGCCGCCAAAGAUUUGUCGGACAGUAAAAGGAAUGAGAGCUCGCGCCGCGGCAAGACCAGCUUCGAACAGAAUGUAGCGACCUCAAUGAGUGGCGGCAAGUUUGGGGGAGUCGAAUACACGCGAGUCUUGAUCGAUUAG